AACGUAGUAACGAUAGUAACGUGUUUCUUUACUUACUUAGUCUUUCUUGUAUCGAUCCUGUACAAUCAGUCAUCUUGGUCAUCUUGCCCACUCUUGGUCAUCAUCAUGAUUGUAGAUCUACCUGGUGGCGACAAGGCCAAGGCUCAACUGUUACUUGCGUCGCUCAACCUGAGUUGACAGCCUCAGGAGUAGAUCUACGCCCAUUACUGCAUUAGCGGCUGUCGUUGCAAUGAAUGGGCCGCCACUGCGAGUUGUACGCCUCCCUGGUACCACUUCAUUUAUGAUUAUCAUUAUAAUAAUAAUUAUCUGGACUACAAGUACUAAGUUAGUAAGUAGUACUAGUUUGAGGGAAAGACACAAACGGGAAAAGUCUGAAGAAAAAAUUGACUGUCAUGUCACCACCAUGACUCGAACCAGGCCAGGGACCCUCGCUUGUAGCUAGCGAUGCUCUAACCACUGAGCUAUGGUGUAGUCGUCACCCCAGCAGAUUAUGUAAGCUUAUUACUACUUUGUAGCAUUACAGCGUAGACUAGUGUUCGGAUCGGUAGCGCCAUUCUCUAGUCUAUCGAUAGUAUCGUAUGGAAGAGUUUUGCGCGUACUGAGCCGUAGGUUGUGAGUUUUCAUUGAUCGGGUGGGGCCAGUGUGCUAGUGAAGGUGCAGACAGGCAAACCCCCACAAUUGUUCAAUCGUAGAUCUAUCGGAUGCCGUGCAUGCUCCUCUUGUGCAGUAGUGGCACGUUUCGCAGCAUCCGGAUCGAUCCCACACCUUUUUCACUUCAGACAGCAACAAAAUUGCAGGGAUCUGGAACAGCCAAGGACACACCAGUCCACGCUGAAAUAGCGGACAUUUCGACGUUCCAGUGACCGGGUCAUAUUGAACCAAUCCGAUCAUCGCCUUACGGCUAGACUGCAUCUGGGUGUCAUGUCCGUGAAGGAUCUGAAGGAGACGAUGGCGGAGCCAGUCCGACUUCGGGAGGCAACGGCGGAGGACAUGCCUGCUGUAUCUGGACUACUCAAGGCAUUUCUCCCCUUCGUUGAGGAGCCUGGACUUCACGAAAUGGUGACGACAGAAGAUCUCAUUCGGGAUGGAUUCGGAGACCGACGCUACUUCACCAUUCUCCUGCUUGAGCUCGUCAAAGACGGAGAAGCCGCAUUGGCCAUUGGUUACACCAUGUACUUCUACAAGUAUUCAUACGGUGGCCGCUCUCUGUACAUGGAGGCCAUUUUCGUCUUGCCGGAACACCACCGGAAAGGAUAUGGGAAAGUUAUCAUGAGACAUCUGGCAAAGCUUGCUUUAGAGAACCACUGCAGGAGCCUCACAUGGCAGGGCGUCCUAGAUCGGCCCAGUGCAAACUUCUACAGAAGCUUAGGCGCAAAGGACCGCUCUGACGUAUCCGACUUCCAGCUGGAUGUCGAAGGCAUGAUGGGUCUCAUUGAAGGAGCAACGUGAUGAUUGGAGACAGUAUUCACCCAGUGCACGGAUGUGCCGCCAAGUUACUUUCCUGCUGUGGCCAGAACAUGAAUUCUGCUGCAGGUCUGAGCAAUAACAGGAUACCCGAUCCAACGCCACGGAAAGGUGAAGAGGCCAAGUACGAGUACAUUGCCUUGUUGAGUUGCAACACACAACUAGCUGCGAGUGCAUGUACUUGUCAAGCAUGAAGUAUCGUGAGGAAUUCUUGGCAUUUCGACUGUUGCUAUAGCAAUCAGAGAUACCCUGACAGCACAGUCAAACUUAACUAUAUUUAUGUACUCCGGCUGGUUCACAGAGUUUAUCUGAUUUCUGAAUCAUUGUCUUCUUCUAGGACACAGGAGAUCCGUGGACUACAUCUUAGAGAAGCGGAAUCACUACUAACAUUUCUGUUCACCUAAUCUGGCCUUUUGCUCUCAUACCUAAACUGAUACUGACUACCUAAAACGG